GCAACACACGGGAGCAGGUACACACAGGUGCCGGGGCUUGAUUUCUUGUCAAAACAUAAACUUCAAAACAAGCCCAAGUUCCAGUUUUCUCAAGUAAUCACGUCAUCAUCACCAUAGAAACAAAACCUUUGUGAAUUUUCACCAUAGCAGCAGGUUUGAGCAAGACGAGGGACCUGCUAAUAAAUUAACUCUAAGCCACCGGCGUACGUCAAGGAUGAAUUCGUCUGACGUAAAUCGUCAAACCAGUUUGUGGAAAGAUGAACAAAGACCUAAUGGAACCAAUAUCAGUGCCAUCGCUGGUGAAUUGGCGGGUAAAGCUCAUGUUUUGCCAUGUGGUGCUACUUCCGUUACAGGUCUUUACCCCCCUGGAGAAGCAGCAUGUGUGGAUAUAAAACCGUUACCAGAUCACAAACGAGCAGUUUAUCACAGUUCGGAGGUAGCGCUAGUCUGCCAAGAACCGAUUCUACGAGCAUCUGUUGAUUCUUCGACGAAUGUUGUGUCUACAGAAACAGAUACGUUUGUGCCGGCAGUGGUUAAACAGAGGUUUGGGGAGGCUUGUUCUUCUACAAAAGUGGUGAAAAUAUACGACGGUCCUCGCGGUUUUUGUGGCCCAGAAAAUCGGGAAGAGAACGAAGUGAAGGGUAUUAAUUGUGGAAUCCCCGAUAUUUUGGAGCCCGCGGAAAUCAAGGUGACAGAGCUGGUUGCUGGUUUGCUUAAAAGCAGCUCCAAAUUUUAUCCAAAUGUAUCGGAAACAAGGGAAAAUCAUGGGAGAUUCGUAGGGUCAUCUGAGAACAACUCUGAAAGCUACUUCCCAGAAAUACUAUUAAACAACGAGAAGAUUUCACUGAAUGACCGAGGUCUGGAAAGCAUAAGUCCAGGGACUGCGGUUAAAGUAGACCCUGAAUGUCUUUCUAAGGACAAUUUACUGAAUCCAUCUGGCCCCGGAAAAAGAAUCAAGAAAACGUCUAAAGUAAGAUUUGCCUCUGAUGUAAAAGACGCAUCUUAUGAUAACCUAGUUUGUUUGAAUCCAGAGCCCUUGUCGUGUGAGGUGAAAGGCAAAGGAAUAUUAAAAAGACAUUCUGAAAUACUGCGACCACUGUGCUGUUCUGGGGAACACAGCGAAUCAAAAUCAAAUACAUCACAACGUGUGUGUUCACAGCAUCGAAGAGCUGUCAGUGCCAGUGUCUUGACAGACAGAGAAAGGUGCGCGCUGGGGACACUUCCCUGCGCUUAUACGUCGUCGCUUGGAGGUAGGGCUGAUUAUUUCACUCACAGGACAGGUCAGGAGUUGUUUGGAGUUGGUCAUGGUAACCGACUCACACAAGGACUGACAAAUCAGCAGAGUUUUCAAUUGCAAAGAGAGGUUACUAGCGGAGAAAAGGUAAGGAGUGAGCACACCAGUCAAGUAGGACAACAUUUCAGCCCGUUUGGCGGAGAAUAUGUCCGGAAUGCUGUAGUUGAGGACUGUGCGUUAUACUCUGCUCUAACUAACCACGGCUGUUUCUGUACCGCCGUCGCUCACACCCACAUUCAGCAGAAGACGGGGGAAAACUCAGCACAAAGAACUGUCCCCCUCUGUGAGCGACCCUCAACCAUAAGCCGUAAUUCAUUAGGCGCAUUUGAUGCAAGUGUGUCGGACAACCUGUGUGUUGUAGAACUUGUAGCGAUCUACACACAUCUAACGGAGUGUGCUUUCUUGGACUUGUCUUCGUCUUUUGGCGACUUUUUCUUGGAGACUGUGCUCGUUGUUUGUUCCGAGACAUCCCGCGGUUUGAAAGCAGCAAACAGGAACCUUGGUUUAGAUUAUCUUGAUCUUUGUGAGAAGACUACAGUUGAACUUGACAGUGAUAACAACCGCGGUGAGAGUGCUUGGCGAAACUCGUUGAGCGAAGGGUUCUCUGAUGUUUCGUUUUACUCUAAAGUAGACCAAGUUUUUGACCAUGUGUCCCUGCCUUCCCUAGACACGAAGUCGCCGGGUAGAACGGAAAUUGAAGAAGAAAAGAACAACAGCCCCCAACUCCAACCAGAAACACACGCAACCAAUUUCUGUACCACAGCGGAAACAGCGUCGUGUUAUCAGCACACGUCUGAUAUAAUGGAAAGGAGACGUGAGAGACACGCGGAAGAUCUGUCGAGGAGAGUUGGAGAGAGAGGAAACACAGCCGGCGUCAGUCCAAACUCAAGGGUGUCACGAGGGAAAGACGGUAAGGUCCCAAGUGCUGUUAAUCCGCCUCGCUUACAAGUAGUUAAUGAAGUUGAACAUCCGUGUGUCGGGUCUGCGAUUGCGCAAUUAGAGAAACAACUCAGUGGCAAUGCCAGACGCGGCAAGGGAGACGAUCAGCGCUCGACGACAACCGUAGACCGUCAUAGCUCUGAACCAGGUGUUGUACGUCGCUCUUCAACAAAUGAUGCCAAUGCAAAUGACGGCUUAACAAAGAAGACUCCCAAAGCCGUACGUGCGCCCAGCUCAGUAGCAAAAGGACGAGGUGAAACAGGAGGCCAGAGCAUCCCUCAAGCUGGGCGUUUCGUCGUCACACAUUGCCAAUCGCCAACGGACAACGAGAAGUCCAACUCUGAUCUGUCUCCUUCACGACAAGAGCAUAAAAGCAGCUUUUUUCCUCGGCCGGUCUCUCCUUUAGCAAAACAGGAAGGCUUCGCAAUCGAGGUGGUUGUGCCACCUGCUGGAAGGGUUUAUGCCCCUCUCUCGUCUUCUCCCGUGAAGCAGAACUCCCCCGUGGCAGCUGUGACAGGCGUUCUUCAAGCUGGCAGGGUGUACUCCUCGCAAGCGCCUUCUCCUAUAACUCCGAGUCCGACUUUCACUUCUUGCUCGUCCCCCGUCUCGCCAGUUGGCAGAAUUUACGGCCCCAUAUCGUCAGCUCUGACUUCUCAGGACGGCAUCAACACGCCUAACACCAGCGGACUGCCAGCUGGCAGUGGGACGGUAUCAUCAUCAUCGUCAGCAGCAGCAACAGUCAGAUCUAGCAGCCCGCAGCGUGCAGGAAUCUCUGCGUCUCCCGGCACUAGCCCCACGCCAUCGCCCACAGUCUACAGACGUCUCGGUCUCCGCCGAAACUUCUUCGCUGGACACCUCAAAAACAUACCUGACGUCACGUCCGUCCGACGCACACCGUCCCCCCUCAACACACCCAGUACCCCUUCGUCUGUGUCCACCACCUCUAACGACCUGACGCCAGAUCUGUUGGCUGGCGCCACAAUCCCAGAAGCUAUAGACGAGAAGGCAUCUAUAGCUCAGCGCAUCUACUGGAGGGCAGCCUCAGACCUCCACUCCCAGGACGCAAACAGGAUACAAAACGCCAAGCUCAUGCUGCGAAGACUCAAAGAGGCGGGAUUCGAACCCAGAACCAAGGCCAUGUCCCACCCAGUGACCUCCUGUCCAUCAUCCCCCGAGCUACCUUCCAUCACCAUCACCCGCCCCGCCAUCCUCACCAGCAACACCGGGACCCGCAGCCCCAGUCCUAGGAGAAGUCUGAGCCCCAACAGCAACAACAACAGUAACAACAACAGCAGCAACAACAGCAACAACAACAGCAACAACAAUAGCAACAGCAACAGCAAUAGUCGUUGUGGCAGUGGUGAAUGGUCAGUUGAUGCAGGGGCCGCAGUGAGCAGUGGUGGGAGAUCCAAGGUGUCCAGCAAUACGGAAUUGUUUGUGGACAGUAUCGAUAUUAAGGAGCUCAAGGACGGGUUGAACAAGUGUUCGAAGACUUCUCAUAAAAGCAGACUAUCAGGGUCCUACUCCGAUCCAAAUUUGUUUAAAAAGCAACAAGAUCUGUCGUCAUCGCCGUUGCUUGACGCUAUGGACACAGGGAACGUAUCCCACCGGAAGGACUCCGUCUCCCGGAUCCGGAAGCGCUCCUCGAUUCCGAUGUCCUGCUCCAAGAGACGAAAAAGUAGUGUGACGUCACAGCAGCUGCGUAUGCAAAGGAGGCACAGCGCCAAACAAACGGAAGAUGUCCAUCAACACUUGCAUCCAAAGCAUGAAGCAGGACCGCGCUGACUACGAUGAACAGUUGAACGGUGUGAAAAAUGUGGGAGCUUUCGCGGAGGAGGAAACUCUAAAAGUACUGUUCGCCAAAAGUGACGCCAUUUCCUGCAUUAUCGAUGCCAUGAAGAAGUUCCCGGAGAAGGAAGAGCUUCAACUGAACGCCUGCCUCUCACUACUCAAGAUGGCUUCCGCUUCAGACGAAACUUGCCUUGAUGUAGCACUCGCUGGCGGGACGCGGACUGUGGUCAGAGCUCUGACGUCACAGCGGUCAAAUGUGACCGUGGUAGAGUGUGGCUGCUGGGCUCUGGCAAACCUAACAGCCUCAGAGCCCACUUGCGAAGAGCUGGUGAGUCUUGGAGGAGUCGCUGCUAUCCUGGACCUGCUACAGGAGUACUCUCAAGAGGAGAACCUACAGGACUAUGGCAUCCGAGUCCUGUGUAAUCUCAGCGCUUGUGAUCACACAGUCCAGGCGGUAUGCUCCGAGAAGAACACGAGACAACUGCUUCAGAACGUGUUGGUGAACUUCCCGGAGAGCGUGGAACUUCUGGAGAUAACGUUAAUCACUCUUAGCCAACUGGUGCUGGGCGAUGACCAUAGUCUGGGUGGUCUGCCUAUGGUUCGUUGUGCCCGGGAUGUGGUGAUUGUGAUGUUAGCCUUCCCUGAAAACAGUCUCAUUCAGGAACACGGCUGCAAAGUCAUUGGCAACAUGGCCGUUAACGAUCUGAAGGAAGAGGAAGCAUGUCUCAUCGAUCACACCCUCAUGAGCAUCCUGGCCUCCAUACAAAAUGACCCAGACGUGACCUUGUAUGUCUGUCAGUCCAUAGAGAACAUGAUGAAGACAGAUGUUGGUCGAGAGACGUUCAUGAAAGAAAACCGGAUGGGAGUGAUCAUGGUGGCCAUGAAUACAUUCACAGACAACUGCCAGAUACAUCAAUGUUGCUGUAAAGUCAUAGCAGUUGUAGCCCUGUACGUGGACACAAAGAAGAGACUGAUCACGGAGACAACUUUGAAAUGUGUGCUCAGAUCUAUGGAACUGUUUCCUGGAGAUAUAGAGCUGCAGAUUGUGGGUUGUGGCACCAUCUCAUGCAUUGUGGAGAAAAUAUCAAUCCUGAAGCAUGAACUCAUUGGGCAAAGGGGCAUCACUCUCAUCCAUAAAGCAGUGACCAGUUACCCCAGUGAGGCGAGACUGGCAGUCGUAGCCCUUUUGGCUAUUGGUCACAUUCUGCCAUUAG